AUGACACCGGUGAUGGCGCCGUUGCCUCGCGAGCGAGCGACGCUAGCUCCGCCUUUCCACACUGCCGGAGUGGAUUACGCUGGACCGGUCGCCCUCACCGCGGUAUGCGGACGUGGACGCGCCUCGUUCAAGGGGUACAUCGCGGUGUUCGUUUGCUUCGCCACGCGCGCCAUCCACCUGGAGCUCGUCGGCGACGGGAGCGCCCGCCGCGGCCUACCCGCUGUACUCCACAGCGAUCAAGACACCACCUUUGUCGGCGCAGACAAGGAGCUACGCGCCCAGCUCCGUGCCGCACUGGACGUAGGGGGUCCGGUGACGACGGCACUUGCCGCAGACGGAACGGACUGGCGGUUCGUGCUUCCGGCCGCUCCGCACUUUGGAAGGUUGUGGGAAGCCGGGGUGCGGUCGAUCAAGCAUCAUCUGCGACGCGUACUGGGAGAACGACUGCUUAGCAUCGAGAAGUUCUCCACUUGCGCGGGUGGAGGCCUGUCUUAA